AUGAUGUUCAGACCACUUUCUGGGACCGUAUCGUGUCGUGAAGAAAAGUUCGCGUGCUCGCUGUGUCUUACUUGUGAUGGUUUCCUUUCCCGUCCAGCGUGUUUGAAAAAAAAACCCCCCCGACAAUAUGGCACGCUCUCCCUUCCUCACCUUCCUCCCUCUCUUCUUCACACUUGUAGCCUCCAUAAAUACAACAACCUGCAAAACCACCCCCAGCGACCCCACCUGGCCCAGUCCCUCGACCUGGGAUGUCCUGAACAGCACCCUCGACGGCAACCUUCUCCUCCCGGUCCCCCCAGGCGCAGUCUGCCACCCCACGCAUCCAACCUAUAACUCGACGCUCUGCACCGAAGCCCAGCUGUCAUGGUCCAGCGAGUUUUUCCACCAGCGCGAUCCCAUCUCCGCGGAGUGGAAUAAUUGGAACAAUGAUUCGUGUCUCCCCGACGCCAGCUUUCCUUGUUCGGCGGCCGGGUACCCGGUUUAUGUUGUGAAUGCCACGACGAGGGAACAUGUUAAGGCUGGUGUGGAUUUUGCGAGGAAAUACAACAUUAGGUUGAUUGUGAAAAGUAGUGGACAUGAUUAUGUUGGCCGCUCGAGUGGACCGAAUUCGUUGUCGAUCUGGGUGCAUCAUAUGAAAGGGAUGCAAUUCCACGCUACUUCUUUCCAGCCGCAGAACUGCAGUUUCGAGAUUGGCGGCGCGGCUGUGACCGCAGCGGGCGGAACGCAGAUGUUGGAGACGUAUGCGGGGCUGGAUGCGUUUAAUCAGACGGUGGUUGGAGGUAAUGGGAGGACUGUUGCGUUGGGUGGGUAUGUUACUGGUGCUGGACAUAGUAUUUUGAGUCCGCAUUAUGGUUUAGCAAGCGAUCAGGUGUUGGAGAUGGAGAUUGUGACGCCGAAAGGGGAGAUUCUGACUUUGAACGAGUGUCAGAAUACGGAUUUGUUUUGGGCUAUGCGUGGAGGAGGUGGUUCGACUUUCGGGAUCAUGACUUCGGUAACCAUGAAGACUUACCCGAGUCCUCAAGUCAUGAAUCUCGACUUCUCGAUUCUAACAACAGCCUCUAACCCUUAUGCAUUCGACAUGGUCGCCUAUCUGCUGGACCAGUAUCCCGCUCUCGCAGAAGCAGGAAUAUCAGGGUACCCCUUAAUCCUCAAAGGAACACCGAAUCCGCUCGAUGGUGGACAAACUCUAGUUUCCGGCGUAGCAGGAAAAGUGAUAAUGCUCAACACCACCAACUCCUCGGCCAUAAUGAAUAUCUUCAGUCCAAUUUUCGAGCAUAUAAAUACCACUUGGCCAGCCCCGGCUUUCAAUUUCACAGCAGAACCAAAGUUUUACCCCUCAUUCUAUGCUUGGUAUCAAGAGAAUUACGACUCUUCGCCAGUAGGGUAUGAAAAUGUGAUGGGAUCAAGACUUUUAGACGAGAAGGCGUUGAGUGGAAAUACGACGGCGACGAAGGUGGCGUUCGAGAAAUUCACGGAGGGGGGUAUCUCGACAGCGUAUUUGGUUGCUGGGAAAGGGGUUAAGGAGGCGGUUCCUAGGGGUGGGAGUAAUGCAGUUUGUCCGGCUUGGAGGAAGACUCUUGUUCAUGCUACGGCGAAUCAAGCUUUUGCACCUGUGAACAAGACGGCAGAGACGGAUGCUAUUGCUGCAACGAACGGCUUUGCCAAUGCCUUGAGAGAGUUGAGUCCGGACAUGGGAGCGUAUAUGAACGAAGGUGCUGGGCGUUAUGAACCGAAUUGGCAACAGUCAUUCUGGGGUGACAAUUAUGCCAGACUAUUGACGAUCAAACGUGCAAUUGAUCCGGAUGAUGUCCUGUGGUGUACGCCUUGCGUUGGAAAUGAGAAUUGGGCGGAAGUUGACAAUAAAUUAUGUCGUAUUUAGACGUUGUGGUAUUGAUUGAUA